AUGAAUAACUCAAUAAUUCAACUCUUAGCUUCCGAAAAACUAAACGGCGAUAAUUAUUCAGCAUGGAAAUCAAAUCUAAGCACAAUACUGGUAGUUGACGAUCUAAGAUUUGUCUUAAUUGAGGAAUGUCCUCAAGCCCCAGCCUCAAAUGCUAACCGAACUAUUCGAGAAGCAUACGAUCGAUGGGCCAAAGCCAAUGAAAAGGCCCGUAUUUACAUUCUUGCCAGCAUGUCUGAUGUUUUUGCAAAGAAACAUGAAUACUUAGCUACGGCUAAAGAGAUAAUAGAUUCAUUAAGAGAAAUGUUUGGGCAAACAUCAUGGUCUCUUAGACACGAGACAAUUAAGCACAUUUACACGAAGCGGAUCAAGGAGGGGACCUCUGUUAGAGAACAUGUCCUGGACAUGAUGAUGUACUUCAAUAUCGCUGAAGUAAAUGGCGGACUCAUUGAUGAGGCUAACCAGGUUAGCUUUAUCUUACAAUCUCUUUCGAAGAGUUUUAUACCUUUUGAGACAAAUGCAUCUUUAAAUAAGAUAGAAUUUAACAUCACCAUCCUUCUUAACGAGCUCCAGUGA